GAUGACCAGAGACUGCAGACAUAGUACAGGGGAUGACUAGAGACUGCGGACAGUACAGGAGAUGACCAGAGACUGCGGACAUACAACGGCGACGCACAGACAUUUCCCCCCAAGUGUGUCUUAUGGAGCGAAAUAUGCGGUAAAUGCAGGACACCUUGUUGGGUCAGAUCUGUGUACAAUGUAAAGAGAGAGAGGGGGGAGAGAUACGGAGGGGAGAGAGAGAGAGAGAGCGAGGGGGGGGAGAGAGAGGGGGUAGAGAGAGAGAGGAGGGGGGAGAGAGAGCGAGGGGGGGGGGGUAGAGAGAGA